AUUGUUGAGAGGGGAGAAGUAUUCACGGAAGGUUUAGAUGGUGAAUAUUUUGAUGAGAAUGGAAUAGUAUAUUGGCGACGAAGAUUUGAAAAAUAUAAGAUAGAAUACUUACAAGAUUAUCCUAAUUGUAAAAAAAUGGUAGAAUAUAGAAAGUUAAAAAGAAAAAGUACAUGGAAUAAUACUAUGAAAAAACGUAGAUACAUAGAAAAAAAGAGAAAAGAAAUUGAAAACGAACGUAGAGGUAGUAGAUUUUGGCGUCCUUUAACAUUUUAUUUUUAUGGAUUUGGAGCAGAAAUUGUGAGAAAUUUAUUUUGGGAUGAAUUAUAUGAUAAACCAGAUAUGAAAAAAAAUAAAUCAACAUGGUGGAAUGGAUAUGAAGAACAAGAUAUU